UCCCCUCCCCUGCCGGCGCGGCGCGGAGCACGGCGGGGCGAUGUGGCGGUGGCGGUAUGUCAGCGGCCGGCAGCUGGACGGCUUCCGCCGGUACAAGUACAGUGCUGUGGAUACAAAUCCUUUAUCUGUGUAUAUUAUGCAGCCCAUCUGGAACAAAAUUAUUAAGAUAGUGCCUUUGUGGAUUGCUCCCAACCUGUUAACAUUCUCUGGAUUUGUCAUGAUUUUAGUUAAUUAUUUUUUAAUAUCUUUUUAUGACUGGGACUACACUGCCUCAGGUACCAGUCCUGGACUUGUUCCCACCUGGGUGUGGCUGUUCAGUGCUUUUACCACCUUCUGUGCUUAUGCUUUAGACUCCAUAGAUGGGAAACAUGCUCGAAGGACUCAGUCCAGUACUCCUCUGGGAGAAUUAUUUGACCAUGGGCUGGAUAGCUGGGCUACCUCCAUUUUUGUACUUUCUUUUUUUUCUGUCUGUUCCUGUGACAAUGGGAAGACUGGAGUUUCUGUAUAUACAAUGUAUAUAUAUUUAAGCAUUGUCUUGUUUAACUUUAUGUGUUCACACUGGGAGAAAUAUAACACAGGAGUUCUUUUUCUUCCUUGGGGAUAUGAUAUAAGCCAAGUGGUAUUAAUAGCAGCAUAUCUGCUUACUGGUGCUGUUGGUGUGGAAGUCUGGCAGAAGCCUUUCCUGUUUGGUUAUUACAUUACCGAUGCAUUAGUAAUCUUGCUUAUAGGCUUCAGUUUAUUUCUUUCAUUUCCACAAACACUAUACAACAUUCACAGAGCACAUUUAAAGAAAACACUGAAGAACGAUUCUUUGUAUGAAGGACUCCUACCUCUUGUGUCACCUCUGUUGCUGUUCAUUCUUCUUACAGUCUGGGUGGUUUUAUCUCCAGGCAACAUACUAGCAAAGCAACCAAGAUUGUUUUUAUGGAUGGUUGGGGUUGCUUUCUCAAAUGUUAUUUGCAAGAUGAUCAUCUGCCAGAUGAGCAGCACCCGGCCAGAGCUUUUCCACUGGUUCCUCUUCCCGCUGGCGCUGGUGGUCUACGCAGCCAUCUCCGGGCUGCUGGGCUGGAUGGAAGAAGCAGUGCUCGCUGUGUUCACUGCGCUGGUCACGGCCGCCCACGUGCACUACGGGGUCUGCGUGGGGAGACAGCUGAGUGAGCACUUGAACAUUUACAUCUUUUCCCUGAAGAAACGUGUCCAAGAGUGAACACCUGCACUAUGAUCAGACUGUAACACUUGACGUGGAGAUUCACAGCUCUUCUGGUGUAAUAAACAGUUGGAAUUAAUCUGAUUGAAGUAACCAAAGAAUAGAAUAGUGCAGAUAUCCAAACCACUGCAACAAUGAGCUAUGCAGCAAGAUGCUUCAUCUCAGAGGAAGAUUCCCGUCCAGCAGAGAAGUGUUUACCAAGUUGUUCUGCUGCUAGUAUUUAUUCUCUUCACUAAUGCUGUGUUACUACCCUAUCUGAAGCUUUUGUCUUCCUCCUCCUCACUCACUGUGUCCGAAGUCCUGGAUAAAUCCAUGUGUGGUUACAUGAGAUCCUUGAGGGUUUAUAACCAGCACUGGUUUUGCCCAGCCUAGUCACCAGUGGGACCCCAGCAAUGAAAACCCUCCCUGUAUGUCCUUCCCACUCUGACAUCUGUGCCUGCUUCAUUUUCCAUAUUUAAUUUUCUUACAACUCAUUUCUUCCACACAACCUCCUGAAGGGCUUAUGCACAUUCAGUGUUUUCCUCACCUCAAAUGAAUGUGUGAAGAAAAGAGAAUGAGCUCAGAAAGCUAUGGGUAAAGUGUUUUUGAAACUUCUGAUUUUUUUUCCCCAGCAUUAAGAUGAGUCUCAGCUGACCUGUAUCUGUCAGAAAUGCAGGCUCUGUACAGCAGUAGCUGGCCUUCAUAUUUAUUUUCUAGCACAUCGUUGAUGUUUUGGUAGCAACAAGCAAUAUACCCUUGUGAUUUAAGCCCAGCUGGUAACAAAGUGCCACGAAGCCGCUCGCUCACUCCCCCGGCCCCGGUUGGGAUGAGGAGAAAAUAUAAAGAAAAGCUUGUGGGUCGAGACAAGGACAGGGAGGGAUCACUCACCACUUAUGGUCACCGGCAAAAGACAGGCUCAACUUGGGGAAGAAACAAAAUCAAUUUCAUUUACUACAAAUCAAAUCAAAACAGGAUACUGAGAAGUAAAACCAAACCUUAGAACUCCUACCCCCAACCCCUCCCUCCUUCCCAGGCUCAACUUCACUCCCAAAUUCUCUACCCCCUGCCCCGCAGUGGUGCGGGGGGACGGGAUGGGGGUUGCGGUCAGUUCAUGACACAUUGUCUCUGCUGCUCCUUCCUCCUCAGGGCGAGGACUCCUCACUCUUCCCCUGCUCCACCGUGGGGUCCCUCCCACGGGAGACAGUCCUUCAUGAACUGCUCCAGUGCGGGCUUUCCCAUGGAG